AUGGAGGUAAAUGAAAGAGAGAGAGACGCAGAGCAUCGGGAGAUGCUCAACCGACAGGAAGAGGCGAAUACAGCCACCAUGGCCAAGCUUGAAGAAAUCCAAGCCGAUUGGGCCAUGUGUAGAAGAGCUGCGUCCGGAGGUGGAGUUUCCACCCCCUUGGUUCACAAAAUCGAAAUACCAAAGCCAAAGACAUUUGGCGGGGCCCGAAAUGCCAAAGAAGUUGACAACUUCAUAUGGGGCCUAUCUCAGUAUUUCGAAGCUACCAACAUCACCGAUGAGGCAGUAAAAAUCCGAACCUCGGCUAUGUACUUAUCCGAUACUGCCAUGUUAUGGUGGCGCCGGAGGCAUGGCGAGAUUGGAAGAAAACUCUGCGUGAUGGACUCUUUUGAAGAUUUCAAAAGAGAGCUAAAGAAGCAGUUCUACCCCGAGAACGCACUAGACGAUGCGAAGGGCCAGUUGAGACGGCUCAAACAAACUGGUGGGAUCCGAGAGUACGUAAGAGAUUUUACAACUUUGAUCCUAGAAGUCCCGAGCACUACCGAAGAAGACUCACAGUUUAACUUCAUUGAUGGGUUACAACAGUGGGCUAAAGUUGAGUUAAGGCGGAGGAAUGUUCAAGAUCUUUCUUCGGCUAUUGCAGUAGCCGAGAGCUUAACCGACUAUACUUCUAAAGAAUCCUCCAGACCGAAGGAAACAAAGACGUUUGUUAGCCCGAGGAGCGGAGGAGGAGAACGGUGGAAGGCUCGUGGGACGCCCGAUGCUAGUGCGAGUCAAAAGGGGAAGACUAAGGAGAUGGUCACACGAGACACUGUUCGAUGCUUUGUCUGUGCUGGGCCACAUUGGGCGCGGGAAUGCCCACAAAAACGGCUGUUGAAUGCUCAGGCAGUCGUUAAGCAAAGGGAGCUCAAGGAACAACGAAGACUCGAGGAGCAAGGAGCCAGAUGCGGCUCGAUGAAAUUGUUGAAAGCCCUGAAAGCCAGGCCACGAACAAGAGCAGAUGGCCAGAUGUUCGUGGAUAUCAUCCUCAACGGAACGAAGAUGACGGCGCUGGUCAAUACAGGUGCGUCUCACAAUUUCUUGUCACCCUUUGGAGUGAGGAGCGUUGGGAUAAAGCCUGCUCAUGAAGGCGGGGCACUGAAGACGGUAAAUUCAGUGCCUAUCCCAAUAACCGGCGUUGCCAAUGGCGUUGAAACCAGUCUUGGUGAAUGGACUGGUUGGACUAAUUGGUCGAUAGUGAACAUGGACGACUACAACGUUGUCCUAGGGAUGGAAUUCUUUGAUCAGACAAAGGCCAUCCUCAUUCCCUACGCCAAUCAGGUUUGCAUCUCUGAUGAUGCCGGUUCGUGUGUUGUUUCUACCCGAACAACCAUGGAAAUUGAAGAGCGAGCGUUGUCCGCCCUUCAAUUCAAGCGAGGAAUGCACCAGGAGGGUGUGAGUUACCUUGCUAUACUGAAGGAGUUUGAUGAUGAGGUAUUAUCAGCCCCGACAGUGGAACUCGAUGAAGUACAAAGUGUACUGAAUGAGUUUGAGGAUGUAAUGCCGGAUGCCUUGCCUACGCAGCUACCCCCUCGACGUGGUGUGGACCACGAGAUCGAGCUAGAAGCUGGUGCCAAGCCUCCCGCAAUGUGUCCUUAUCGGAUGGCUCCGCCGGAGUUAGCCGAGCUGCGUAGUCAGUUGAGAGAGUUACUCGUCACUGGCUUAAUCAGACCCUCUAAGAGCCUUCGGAUGUGCAUCGACUAUCGGGCACUUAACAAGAUUACCAUAAAAAAUAAGUACCCGAUACCACUGAUCGCGGAUUUGUUCGACCAGUUAGGAACUGCUCGAUACUUUACCAAACUUGAUCUUCGCUCCGGCUACUAUCAAGUGAGGAUUAAAGAGGGCGACAAGCCGAAGACCACGUGCGUGACUCGAUACGGCUCGUAUGAAUACCUGGUGAUGCCCUUCGGUCUUACCAAUGCCCCCGCGACGUUCUGCACAUUAAUGAAUAAGGUAUUUCAAGAUUACCUUGAUAAAUUCAUUGUUGUCUAUUUGGACGAUAUUGUCAUAUAUAGCAACACUCUGGGAGAACACCUUGACCACUUGAAGUUAGCUUUUGCGUUGCUAAGGGAAAAUCAGCUCUUUGUUAAAAGGGAGAAGUGCACCUUUGCGAGCAAUGAAGUAAUGUUCUUGGGUCACAGAAUCAGGGACGGACUUCUGAUGAUGGAUGGGGCCAAGGUGGUGGCCAUCCAAGAUUGGGAACCCCCGAAAAAAGUCCCCGAACUAAGGUCCUUCCUUGGUUUGGUGAACUACUAUCGAUGGUUCAUCAAAAGCUACUCUUCCCGAGCAGCUAAACUGACCGACAUGCUCAAGAAAAACAAACCUUGGGAAUGGGACGCUGCUUGCCAAAGCGCGUUCGAUGACUUGAAGGACGCGGUUGCUGUUGAACCUUUGCUGGUCUUGCCUGACUGCGCAAAGCCCUUUGAGGUGCACACAGAUGCAUCCGACUUUGCCAUUGGAGGAGUCCUAAUGCAAGACAACAGACCGGUUGCCUUCGAGAGCCGCAAGCUCAACGAGACCGAGCGGUGGUAUACGGUCCAAGAAAAGGAGAUGACGGCUGUGGUUCAUUGUCUGAGAGUAUGGCGCCAUUAUCUCCUCGGAUCCUUCUUUGUUGUCAUGACUGACAACAUAGCCACAAGUUACUUUCAAACUCAGAAGAAGCUGAGCCCGAAGCAGGCUCGAUGGCAAGACUUCCUUGCUGAGUUUCACUACUCGCUAGAGUACCGACCAGGGAAAGUAAACGUGGUCGCGGAUGCACUAAGUAGGAAGGCAUCUCUUGCUGCACUCAGUCGACCACUGGGCACUCUUGUGGCUCGAAUAAAAGAAGGGUUGGUACAUGAUCCUUUGGCCAAAAGUUUAAUCACUAUGGUCGAGGAAAAGAAGACGCGGAAAUUCUGGCUGGUCAAUGGUUUACUCUAUGCCAAGAGUCAUUGA